AUAUUGUACAGAGGAAAGUUCUCGCGGAAGCGGAACGUCAAAACAGUAGGAAAAAUUGAAAUAAUUUUGUGAUAUGGUGACGCAAGUUUAAAUUUUAUUAUUUAUUAGACUCCUUGAGAGACAUGAGUCAAUUCAUCACAGUACAAGUCGGACAAUGUGGAAAUCAAAUAGGUUCGGCCUUUUGGCCAUUAGUCUUGCACGAAUAUGGAAUUCGAACCUCAGAAAGCGAUAUUAAUUUUUUGAAGACCCAAAAGAACUACAACAAAAAUACAAACGAACUUUGCGAUGCCUUCAACAGCUUUUUUCAUGUACCAAACUCAAAUAGCGAUUUAGCUUUUAAGUCUGUGCAAGAAUUAGUUUCAGCCAAAGUGAAAGCAAGGGCAGUAUUAAUCGAUAUGGAGGACAGUGUCGUCGGUCGAUUCAAACAAGGUUCUUUGCGAAACUUGUUCGACCAAACUUGCACAGUUACAAAUUACCCUGGAUCAGCAAAUAACUGGGCCGUGGGUCAUUACACUCACGGAGCAGAAUACCACGAUAAGAUAUGUGAGACAAUCAGAAAAUUCGUUGAAAAAUGUGACUGUCUACAUGGGUUUCUGGUAAUGCAUUCACUCGGAGGUGGAACAGGUUCUGGCUUAGGAACAGCUACUUUAAAAAUCCUGGAUGAUAAUUACCCCCAUGUAGAUAGAUUUGUAUCAUGUGUAUAUCCAGCUGGCACCCAAGAUGUAAUUACAGCUCCAUAUAAUGCCCUCUUGGCCACAAAAGAACUUACAGAUCAUGCGACCUGUGUUUUCCCAACAGAAAACAAAGCUCUCCAAGAUAUUUGUUACGCCCAGAUGAACAGAAAGGAAAAUUCUGAUCAAGCAAAGUAUAAUGCUUCGUGUAGACCCUUCCAAGAUAUGAAUAGUAUCAUUGUUAACAUGCUUCUCCACUUGACAAGUGGUUCGAGAUUUCCUGGAAGCUUAAAUACGGAUAUGAACGAGUUAGCAACAAAUUUAGUCCCAUAUCCUCAGUUGCAUUACAUAUUCAGCAGCGUGAGUCCUGCAACUCUGACGGCACCAACAAUUUCAAUCACUCAAAAAACAAAGUUUCAAGAUGAAUUAUUCACGAAUGCCUGGUCUAGAAACAAUCAACUAAUUAAAGUAGAUCCCCUGCAGUCAGAAUCUGUAGUUCUUGGAGCUGCCCACAUUCUAAGAGGCAAUGCGUCCCUCACUGAUAUAAGAAAAAACAUCGAAAGAUUCCAGAGCAAAGCUAGAUUUACAGAUUGGAGUAAAGAAGCCAUGAAAGUUGGUUUGUGUUCCGUACCACCAGCAGGACAUCCUGCAUCGGUCUUGAGCCUAAUUAAUUCAACAUCCAUGUCUCUGAUGAUCAAAGAUGUAGUUCAUCAAUUUGAUAAACUUUAUAAAAAAAAGGCUCAUGUUCAUCACUACCUGCAAGUCGAGAAUUUCGAAGAAGAUAACUUCAGAGAGGCUCGGAGCACCGCGAUCAACGUUUACGAAGGAUACACGGAACUCCAGAAUCAAGAGGCUGUUAAUGAACCCAGACUUCGUCUAGUUUAGAUUUCCACCAAGAAAGAAUGUCUAAACUUUCAAAAAUAAGACAAAAGUUAACUAUAAGCUUAAUAUUUUA